UUGAGGUGUGUUCGGUAUUUGUGUUAGAUGAUUCGGAUAACAGUGCCGUCGGCUGUUUAGUUUGACUCUACAGUAAAAAACAAGAAAAAGAAAAUCUAAAUGUAAUUCAUAUUCCGACGAGUUACAGUGUAACGCGGUAAGCCAGAUGACCUUAUUUGGCUCAGUAAAUCCUUUUGGAUGCCACCAAAAAGCGGACAUACACCCAUCUCGAGCUCAAUGAGUAAUGAACCCAUUCUGGAGCAUGUCGACAAACGCUGGUCGAAAGAGAUCUGACAGUGAAGAGCAAAGUGGUCAGGGGGAGCAGAGAGCCAGUCCAGCUCGUCCUCCAUUUGGCAAGAAGCAGCUUCCCUCCAUUCCAAAGAAUGCAGUCCCCAUCACUAAAGCCGCCUCACCAGCCUCCUCUACACAGUCAGCCAAUGGCACCCAUGCCUCAUACGGGCCUUUCUACCUGGAGUACUCGCUGCUAGCAGAAUUCACAUUGGUGAUCAAGCAGAAGCUCCCUGGCAUCUAUGUACAGCCUUCAUACAGAUCAGCAUUGAUGUGGUUUGGUGUCAUUUUCAUUCGACAUGGCUUGUACCAGGAUGGUGUGUUUAAGUUUACCGUGUACAUCCCUGAUAACUACCCAGAUGGAGACUGUCCUAGGGUGGUUUUCGACACGCCAGUUUUCCACCCAUUAGUUGACCCGGUCUCUGGUGAGCUUGACGUGAGGAGAGCUUUCACCAAAUGGAGACGAAACCACAACCAUAUCUGGCAGGUUCUUAUGUAUGCACGCACAAUCUUCUACAAGAUCAACACCAUGGAUCCACUCAACCCUGAAGCCGCUGUGCUGUAUGACAAAGACAUCCAGCUUUUCAAAAGCAAGGUUGUAGACAAUGUUAAGUUAUGCAAUAGCCACUUGUUUGACCAGCCAAGGAUAGAUGAUCCUUAUGCAAUAAGCUUCUCCCCAUGGAAUCCAGCAGUGCAUGAAGAGGCAAAAGAGAAGAUGUUUGCACAUAAAAGACGACCUGAGGAUUACAAAGGAUUGCCGGUGUCUGGGCUGUCUUGGGUGAAGACUGGUUCUACUCAGCCUUUCAGCAAAGAGGACAACCCCCUUCAGACAUGAACCUUCAGUAUCUCGGUCUGUCCACCAGGAGGGGUGCUACGCUAUUGUUGCUGUGCUGAACCAUAUAAAUUGAAUUCUGAGGCAGUUCUAUGAACUUCAUUAGCAACAUUCUCAGCUUUAAAAGAACUGUAUUUUAAACCACUAAAAUGGCUUGAACUAUAACAUUUUUCCAGUAUAGAUCUAAUGACUCCACUCAUUUCGAUGCCGAGGCUUGAACGAAGUCAGAGGGCACAGAGCUUGUUCUAGUCAAUACUGUAACUUGCACGUUAAUGUUUUCAGGCACAACAAACCACCUCACUUGUUUGUGUACACUCAAAUAUAUAUGUGUAUAUAUAUGUGUGAUUUACGCAUUUCAAUUUAACAAGAAUUCCACCAAAUUGAAUCUUUAAUUAAAAUAAACUAAAUUAUUUAAAGUUUUAUUAGUUUUGUUAAACACUACACAAUUCAGUUUGAUGGAAUUUUAUGAAAUGCGUAAAUCUUAAAAAUAGGCUAAAAUAUAUAUAUAUAUAUAUAUAUAUAUAUAAUUUUUUUUUUUUUUUUUUUUUUUUGGCUAAUGAUUUAAGAUUUAUUUCCUUUUACAUUGGUUUUCCUUUCCCUACAAUCUUUGUUAAUGAUUUUAGAUUGGGACAGAACACUCUGUGUAUGUAUUUUGGUUGUUUUUUUGUUGUUGUUUUUUUUUAAAUAUUGUGUAAUAAAAGUCCUGUGUAUGUAAUGGUUGUAAUGUAAAGUGCUGCACAAGACAAAUACCAUUCAUUAAGACCAAGUUCAUCCUUAAUGUUCAGUAAUGUAAUUCACUUUGUGUCCUAAUGGCUCAAUCUUAAAGGGUUUGAUGUGUAAAUAGUGGAGCAGUUCAAUGAAAUGAGUGGCCUCUUUAGCAGAGCCCACAACUCCCUCAUUUAUUUAUCUAGGUAUGUACAUUUGGUAUAUAAUCAAUUUUAGUUUUUUUUUUUUUUUUAUUAUUAGUAGUAGUAGUAGGUAUUUUAUUUUUAUUUAUUUAUUUUUUUUGUCUAUUUUGGGUGAUUUCAGUGAGCAUGCUAAUAUGAGCUCUGCUAUAUAAGCAAUGGAAGUUUUUUUUUUUUUUUUUUUUGAAUAAAUCUGUUGAAGGCAAAUAAAUGCAUAAAACACA